CUUCUUGCCCACGCCCCGUAAGUCCCCCUUCUUAACUCGCAGCCGGCCGGCCGAGACUAGCAUCCCCACGAUGCCCACAGCAAUCCGCUUCGACGACCCAGUAGUCGGGAGCGGCGCACGAAUCAGCCCACCAUCCACACUACCUACGUACAUUUCUACCGAACAGCUAUCUCGAAUAGAACCCACGUCGGCGCGGAGAAUAGCUCGAAUGGGCUAGGGGCGUGGUGGAUGAGAAGACGGCGCCCGCUAAUAAAGCCGCUAAGGGUGAGCUCCGCGUAUCUUGCGCAUGCCUGCCUGGCGACCGUGGCCACGGCGUCACCGUCGACAGUCAAUAUUCGACGGGGAUGGGUAGGCAUACGCAUCGUCCGCCUGCGAAGAGCGGAAACCCGUCGGCCUGUUUCCUCGUCGGCCGCCCAAAAAGCACCGCGCGGAUAUCAUCCAGCCUACGUCAUCCCCAUACGGAUCGUCCAGGAUAGAUAUCGUAUCUGCAUUGUCGAACAGCGUCAUCGACAGACACCAGAACACAACCAGCGUGGUUUCGGCUGCCCCCGGUGACACGGUGAUGGAAUUGGGAGCCACGCGAGGUUUAUUUCACUCCCCAU